AUGGAUGCAGCUUCCUGGGAGUUUUUGGAAACAUUACUCUCCACUGUGCCCAUCAUCAUGGUGAUGACAUUGACCUCUACCUUCACCCUGUGUGGCUGUGCCCAGCACUUCCUGCAGAGCUCUCAGGCUGUCCUUGUGCCCAUUUGGAAGUUAGCAACGACCUCACUGUUGAGAAUGGCAUGUUGGGAACUGGGGGUGGUGAGCAUCCCCCAAGAGCUGCAGAUGUGCUUUGGAAACCCCCUGUACUGUGAGGUCUUAUGCCAGGACCUUCUCUCCAAAGAUGUAUUGCUCUUUCACGACCUCCAAAAGGAGGAGAAGAACAGUAAGUGGGAGACACUCUCAGAAGUAGCAAUAAACCAGUUAGAUCAAUUGAGCCCAGAGGAGCAGUUGCUGAUUAAGUGUGCUGCAGUCAUUGGUCACUCCUUCCGCAUAGAUCUCCUGCAGCACCUCCUGCCUGGCUGGAAUAAAAACAAGCUACUUCAGGUGCUGAGGGCUCUUGUGGAUAUACAUGUGCUCUGCUGGUUCAGCAAGAGUCAAGAGCUUCCUGCCAAGUCAAUAUUAGUGCCUUCCUCUGUCAAGAUUAUUGAACAAACCAAAGAGCAGAAGAAGAAAAAGUCAGAUUUGGCCUGCCGCUGUCAGAGCUGUCACGGGGGGGACUUUGUUCCCUUCCACCGUUUUGCCAUCUGUUCUACUAAGAGCUGCAGUGGGAUCUCCCGGUUCUGUAGUUACAAAGAUACUGGCUCAGUACUAACACAAGUGAUCACAGACAAAUUGCAGCUGCCUUCUCCCCAAGAUAGUUUUCAGUUCCAGACAAAACCAUUCAGAAGUCAGGAGGCCUUCACAAGUGAACACCGCAGAACAGAGGAAGAGUUCCUGGAUCAGGUGAACAGGAAGCUGGCUCAGACCAGCCCCAAGAAAGACAUGUUGACCACAAAGCCCUGUCACUGUGAGGAAAUCCUGCAGUUAGUGCUCUCACCCCUCACCCAACACUGCCUGGUCAUUGGAGAAACCACAUGUGCAUUUUAUUACCUGCUGGAGGCCGCUGCAGCCUCCUUGGACCUGUCAGAUAAUUACAUGGCCUUCUUUUAUUUGAGGAAGGCAAGCAGUCUUCUGGGCCAGCCCUCAGCAUUCUCAUUUUUGAAAAAGCACAAAGUGAAGAUCUGUCAGUUUGAGGAAGCCACUUUCUGCUGUCUUCGGUCAGAGGUCUGUUUCAACAUGGGACAGAUCACGUUGGCCAAAAAAUUGGCCAGGCAAGCCCUUCGACUGCUGAAAAGGAAUUUCCCUUGGACUUGGUUUGGUGUCUUUUUUCAAACAUUCCUGGAAAAAUAUUGGCGUUCCUGUUCCCUAAGCCAACCUCCAAACAACCCUAGUGAGAAUAAGAAGAAGCUGGCAGUCCUGCAGCAGCGGGUCCACUGCCUCUCCCUGCUCUGGCAGCUCUAUAACCUGGACACCACAGCCAGCAGCCGCAGGUUUGCCUGCCUUGCCACUCUUAUGCAGAAGAAUUCUGCUGAGGAGUUUGCAAAUGAAGCCCAGGUUGUCUCUACCUAUGUGGCUGUAUCCCAGUUCUCCCAGAAUAUGGGGGACAGAGACAGGUGGCUGCAGUGUGAGCAGAUGGCCAUUCAGAAAAGCAGCCUGUGUUGGUUCUCCAGGGAGGGAUUAUUGGCCACAGCACAGCUCAUGCAGGCCUUGGCCUACACCAAGCUCUGCCUUGGCCAUCUUGACUUCUCCAUCAAGCUGGAUUUGAUCUAUGUGUCCAUGUGCUGGAGAGUCAGUGGGCGCUCAUUUCCCAGGGUCAUGAUGUCCUUAACCUGGCCUGCUUCUAUUCUGCUUGCUUAGAUCUGCUGCUUUACGGAAAAGGAUUGCUAUGUCGGCCCUUUGGUGAGUGUCUGCAUUUCAUUCAACACUGUGAGCACAGCUGCAUUCUAAACUCUCAGAGCAAUGUCAUGCUGGGGGUCCACUCAUCUCUGGCCAUGUG